GGUGGGUUUCAUUAGUUAAUGUUGGGAACAGAACAAUCUUUGGAGUUGGAGUUUGGUCAUUCUUUCUCCUGAUUUUUUUUAAUUGAACAAUUUAAUGUGAGCAACGAUGACCAGCUUAUCAGAAAUUAAGACACUGGCACAAAAUUUUGUGACUGAUGCAAGGAAUGUGCUUUCCAGAUCAAAAAGCGAGAGGGAAAUUUGUGCAGCUCUUCAAAAAAUUGGAAGUCUCCUGCUGCAAUCUGGUGACUCUUCAGACUUCAAGGAUUUACUGAAAACUACCGAUUUACCUGAUCAUGAUAUGGAUUUAGCCCGAAAACAGAUUCGUGAAAGCCACUAUGUGCAUUUCCUUAAUUACUUGUGUAAUAUCUUGAACUUUGAAUGGUACAGCAAUUUUGGGCGGAGUCAAGAAGGCAACCGAUUGUUCAACAGCUUUUUCCUGAAAGGUCGACCUGAAGACGCUCUGCUUGUACUAUGCAGUGUUAUUCAGAACAGCAGUCCAAGCUUCAAACAGAAGAAAUGUGUCUUGCUCCUGGAAGAGUUCUUCCAUCAGCACCAACUCCAGAUGAUGCUCUGUUCCAUGUGUGAUAUCUCCCCAGGUUCAGCAACCUGUCUGUCGACCUCGCCUUGUUCUUCCAGGUCAAUGGCACUGGAUGGUCAAAGGUCACAGGUCUUGACUGUUCUGGUGACUAUACCUGACCGGAUUGCCAAUGUAAUGAAAAAAGACUGCAGUGACUUCUUCUACCCCGAUCAUUUCAUUCCAAUGGUUGCGAAAGAGAUUUUGAAAACAUUACACUACGUGCAUGAAAAACUAUCAAAGUCUGAAAAUGCUUCCCUGCAGUUUGUGAGUGAGCUGAUUGGUAGAUUAUGCAUUCAAGGUUACACAGAGAGACUGUUUGGCAUACUGCUUCCACAGCUACUGAAGUUGACUUCCUCUAAUUUCAUCUGGUGUCGCAUCGCUAAUCGAAUCCUGGCAGGAGCUCCAGACAGGAGUCUGGAAGUCAUUCUUGAAUACUUACUCAGACAUUGCCCAUGGUAUGGUUAUGUCGCUAGACUCUUGAGUGAUGCUGUACUUACUAAUGCCAAGAUCAACUUCCUCCUCACCAACAAGUUCUUGCUCCUGCGUCACUUUGCGGAUGUUAUCGUUCCUCAGAAUCUGAUUGGCUAUCUGGCUUCUUCUCCCUCCCGAAGGCAUUUGAUCGUGAAGGUUUUAAGGAGCGUGUUGAAUACAUGGGGAGACCGUUCAGCCGUAAAACAUACAUCACACAGCCAGCAUGCCUAUCUGACCAUGGUCAUUGUUAUUUCUGUCGGACAUCUUAAUGAAGAGGAGAAAGCAAAACACAAGGGAGAUCUGACCACCAUGUUGAUGGGCGGGGUGCAGGCCCAUCUCGAGAGUCCCAUUCUAAGGGUCAGAAGGCUGGGCAUGGUGACGGCAGAGAUCAUGGCAAAGACACUUGACCCCAACGGUCCGAAGCUGGCAUUUGAAUACAAAGAGGACGAGGAGAGUCAAUUGCUUUGGUCGUUGGUCAAUCCGCCUGAAGAUCCUGGUCUGGAUUCCCUGAUUAAGGGGAUUGAUCAAGUAGCUAUAGAGUCUGAUAUGGAAAUGUCCAAUGGUACUGAAGACCGAGUAGAGUGUAGAGUAAGUGAUGCACCAAACCAAGAACAAGAGAAAGAGGAAGAAUUGGACAGUGAUGAUGAGUUUGAACCCUACGACAUGUCACAUGACACUGAGGCCGCUAAGGUUAAAGUACCAGUUUACAUUCGGGACUGCAUUGAUGGUUUGACGGCAAGAGAUGCCCCUGAGCUGACCGAAGCUAGUCUGAAGGUCGCGGAGAAGCUCAUCAGAGCAAAGCCAGAUGAUUUAAAAGAUGUUUGUAGUCAGUUUGUGGCCAUCUUGCUUCAUCUGGAGGACCAAUACAACACAGAAAACUUUAGAUUUCUCAGACACUCAGCUAUGGUGGCGUUAUCAGUAAACUGCCCUAUUGAGACAUCAAAGUAUUUAACUGGAGAGUUCUACAAUAGAAACUACAACAUCAGACAAAGGAUGGAUAUCCUAGAGGUAUUAGCUGCAGCUGCUCAGGAGCUUUCCAAACCAUCCGAAGACCCAGGUCCUGCCUCAAAGAGUUCGGGGAUUGUAAACCCACAGGAACACAAAGCUAAAGAAAGUCAAGAAGAGAAUUGGAGAGAUAUUGUACAGAAGAGGAUAGAGAGCAAGACGAGGAGAUUCGCAAAGGGUCCAAGCAAACCAGCUCCGAAUCCUGCCAUUAAUCGUUUUGCUCCUGUGGCUGGUCAUUUUUUCUUCCCUCUUUUGAAGUCAUAUGACAGUAAGUUGAACACGAUGGACUUGCUUGGUAACGACUUCCUUCUUUUAGGGAGGCUGAUGUAUACUCUGGGAAUCAUCAUGUAUGCUGCACAAAACACACCAAUUUGUCGCCAGAUGGCUGUUAGCCUGUUGGACUUUAUUUGGUCAUUGAGGUACCAUACUGAACAAUAUGUAAGGCAGUCUCUGAUGUUUGCGGUUUCCAUGGUUACACUGAGUGUUCCUGCCCACCUACUAGUGACUGAUCUCCAGAGUGAUAUUUUGGAAUGUCGUCAUUGGUUACAAGAUAUCUUGGAGAAAGAUCCUGAGCCUGAAUGCAAGGCUCUUGCUGCUCAGACUCUUCUGGUCAUUGAUUCUACUGUUAGCAAGGAACUGAAAGGGAAGAUAUGAUGCAAAGUGGAAAUGGCAAUGUCUUCGGUGAUGAUGUCGAUGCAGAUGCUAGAUGUUCUGCAAGAGACCUUCAUUCAACAGUGUUGUAUUGACAUUUGUGAUGGAAUGGGUCUCCAGCGUGUUGAAGUCAAGAGGUCAAAGAUCUGUCAGCCCAUGGAUCUUGUUUGAAUCUUUGGCCUAAAAAGUUAUGUUCAGUGGCGGACCAUGACCCUGAGGAGACAAAGCAUUGGAGGGGCACUGUAUUGUUUGUGAACAAUGCUGUGCCCCUCCAAUGCUUUGUCUCCUCCGGAUCACGGUCCGCCGCUGGUUAUUUUGGCCCGAUAGGUCCAAAAUAGGAAAGUUGGGUUGGUCAGACCAUUUUUUUUUUUUAGUUACCUUUGCUGCUACACUGCAUGUGCCGGUUGAUUUAUUUAUGCAGUCAAACCUCAUGCAUAUUUAAGUUCUUUUUAAGCCAUUGAAUAUAAAUUUGAGCAAAUCUCACAAAAACAUUGCAUUUGUUUAUUUGGGUCUGCUAUAAAAAAAAAUGGCGACCUUGUUGCAUUUUAUGGUCGCUUUGAUGAUGUGGGGGUGGCGUGGUCUAGUGGUUACGACUCUCGUCUUUCAAUCUGAUAUGGGUUCAAAUCCCAGCCAUGGCGUGUUUUCCUUCAGCAAGAAAUUGACCCACAUGGUGAGCUGAAUCGGUACCCGGCAGGAUUAAUUUCUUGAAUGGAUGUACUGAGUGCUGAAAUAAAGCUCGAGCUAAAGCCGGGUUAAUAAUGAUAAUAACAAUAUGCCUCAGAAAUAGAUUAUCUCUAGAUAGAUGGCACUAUAUAAAUGCCGCCUAUUAUUAUUAUGGCAACAUAACAUUUUAUAGGCCUUACCUUGGAACACGAAUUUCUCCAGGUCAGACAGUCAACUAGAUAACCCAUGCAGGAAUGGGUUACUAGCGUGAAGGGAUUUAUUGAAUGCUGUGGGCAGAGAAACAAGUACUGAUCAAUUUAUAACUGGGGACUGUUAAUGAUACCUAUUAACAGUAGAUAAUUUAUUCAGUAACAUAGCAGCACACAUGAUUCACGCAUAACCCAAUGGGUUAUGCAUGAGUCAUGUGUUUUCCGAUGUAAAAAGAGAUUUUGUUCAUUUUCGGAAGCCCAUCCAGUUAUGGCCGGGCAUUUGCAGUGCUUUGAAGUUUAACUUCAUAUCACUGCAAUUUAUGGCAGCCAUUAUAACGGGGGUGGGGGUCCAAUGAAGGAUAAAAACAUUUUCAAUGGGUUAUUCAAUGAGCCAGGUGUGUUGCUAUCUCAGU